UCGCGAGCGGAACGGUUGUCGGAUCGGAUUCGAAUUGGAAACGGAAAUAGCGGUCUAGCGGAGAGCGGGCCUUUCUGCCUUUCGGUGUGCUUUUGAAAAAAAGUUUGUUUGAAAAAAAAGUGUAAAGAAAGCGGCGCCGCCAAUUCGUUUGCGAGUGUACGUGUGUGUGUGAUUGUGUUUUUGUGUCUUUGCAAUUACAAAAAGAAGCAGCCCCAAAAAGCAACAACAAAGUGUCGGCUCUGACGGCGGUAACAGCGGCGUAGCAGAGCAGUAGCAGCGUAGCGGCAUCAGCAGCGACGUCCAGUGCAUUUUUGUGCAAACUAAUUGUUGUUGCGAGAGGUACGCUAUACUUAUAUACAUAGCGAAUGUGUUUCAAUGAUGUUACUGCCUUCGGGGCGUUCGAAUAGUGAUGUCUAUCCGCUACAAAAUGCCGCCAACACAACAGCAACAUCAGCAGGAGGACCAGCAACUGGCAGCGGAGGAGUUGGAGUUGGAGGUGGAGUUGGAGGCGGAGGCGGAGGCGGUGGAGCUACAUCCAAGCCCAAGCCCUUGCUACUGACACGAACAUCAUCGCCUCAAUUGACAACGUUGCCGACAACAAAUGGCUCCGUUGUCCAUGCCACGCCCACCCGCUCCAACGGAUGUCCGCUGCCCCAAUCCUCCGGAAUCCCAACGACAACAUUGGCAACAACAGCCACGUCCAUAGCAACAGCAACAUCAGGCACAUCUGCCGGAAUGGAGGCGACAGCAACGACAACGGACCAUGGAAUUGGUAUUGGAAAUGGCACUAACUGCGGCAGUACUGGUAUCUAUGGGCCACUUCUGGGUCAAAGUCAUGGUGGUGUCAUCGCUGGCAUGUCCGAAAAUUGGCCAGAAAUUGAUGGACACUUGGAGGCCAUACAGGAAAAGCUUAAGCCUGGCUGGAGUGUUCAUGUGGGCAAAGAGGGCAGACUAUACUAUUGCAAUCACAUGACGCAAUCUGCGGGCUGGCUGCCAGCUUGCGAGGAUUGGAGCAAACACGAAGAGCUCUCAUAUGGCUGGGAGCGUGCCAUAGACUCCAAGGGUCGUUCCUACUAUAUCAACCACCUUAACAAGACGACCACCUAUGAGGCCCCUGAAUGCAUACGCUGGGAUGAACAUCCCCCAGAACCAAGACAGGUUCAACUUCAGAGAAAUGCCAGCCUGGGUUUCGGUUUUGUGGCUGGAAGUGAACGUCCUGUAAUCGUUAGAUUUGUGACAGAGGGCGGUCCAAGUAUUGGAAAACUGCAGCCUGGUGAUCAGAUCCUGGCAGUGAACGGAGAGGAUGUGAAGGAUGCACCACGGGAUCAUGUCAUUCAGCUGGUGCGAGCUUGUGAGUCGCAGGUUAAUCUAUUCGUUUGCCAACCCAUGGCGCACUGCGUCCUUCCGGGCAGGAAGUCCACCCUUCUUUCCGCUGGAAAGAGAGCCAAGCUGAGAUCGCGUCCUAGUCGAGUCCGAUUUGCAGAGAGUGUCUGCGUUAAUGGAGCCCCACUGUUUCCGCCCUCGGCCUUCUCCUUGGGAGACAUCUGCGUACCCCCGAUGGCCAAUGUGCUGAAGGUGUUCCUAGAGAAUGGACAGACCAAGUCCUUCAAGUACGACGCCACAACCACAGUACAGGAUGUGGUUAGCUCGCUGCUGGACAAGCUCUGUCUGUGCUGUGGAGAGCUCUUCAGUCUGGUGCUGGAGCACGUGAAGAGUCUCAAACGGAACAAGCUCACCCUGCUGGAUCCCCAGGAAUCACUGGCCAGGAUUGCUGCUCGUCCGGGGGCGCACAAAUUGAGGUGUCUCUUCCGCAUCACCUUUGUGCCCAUUUCGGCCGCGGAGCUGGCACAGCGGGAUCUUCACGCCCUGGACUACCUGUACUUGCAGUGCUGCAAUGAUGUUAACCAGGAGAGAUUCGCGCCUGAGCUGCAGCCGGAGUUGGCCCUGCGAUUGGCCGCCCUCCAUAUGCAUCAACAUGCUUUGGCCAAUAACUUUGCGCCUGCCAAGCUCACCGUCAAACUAGUCGAACGCGAGUUUGGACUGGAACGCUUUGUCCCAGUGAGUCUGUUCGAGGGCAUGAAGCGGAAGGAACUGCGACGGCUGAUUUCACACUUCCUGAAGCUCAACGCGGAGAUGACGGGAUCCUCCAGCAAGGUUCUUACACAGCUGCAGGCCAAACUCCAUUAUCUAGAUAUAAUCGCUAGCUUACCAAGCUAUGGAGCCAAAUGUUUUAGCACAAACCAAAGAGAGGGCGUCGAGCGCGUCCUCCUGGUUAGUCCACGCUUUGGACUCAGCCAGAUAUCCAGUGCACGCAAUUCGGUGCAGCCCCAACCUAUUUCCGCCAUCGAGGACUUCACCCAUGUGGUGGUGAAUCGCGAGGAUGAUGUAACCUGCAGUGUAUCCAUAUUCAUGCUCGGGGAUCGAGCUGUUAAGUUUAUCAUGGAAGAUCGAGAUGGCUGCGAAUUCAGUCUGGUCCUUGGUGGCUACUAUCGACUGCUGACAGGCAACGUGUUAAAUAUUCUGCGAGAACGAGAACCGAAUGACGAGGACAACUCGCCGGGCUUUUUGUCCCAGCACACAGUGCUCCCUGCGGGAUGGAGCUACCUGCUUCCCUUCCACACUCGAGCGCACAGCGUCAACUUCCUGAUGGCACCGCCCUAUCAUCCGCUGGUCCAAAGGGGUCAGCUCCAGCAGCAGACCUCCGUGCAGGCACCACCCUCGCUGCCCUAUGCCAUGGAUUUGGAUUUGCACAGUGUGAUGGCCACCGAACUGCUUGAAGAAGCGGCCAAGGAUUCAGGACUGAGUGACAGUAGUGGAAGCAAUUACUGCGAAGGACGCAGUCACUCGGGCAGUCAUCAAUUGGAGGCUAAGAACGAGCAGGUUUUGAGAAGGGUUCAGGAACUACAACACCUGGUUCAGACCUCGGAACAAUAUCUGAGUGAACAGGAGCAGGGUGGCGGCGGAGGAGGAGUGGCCAUGCUGGAAUUCGACUCUGAUUGCGAUAGUCUUAACAGCAGUAAGGUUUCCUCAACGGAAGAGUCGCAGGGUGGAGUGAUUCUGGGACCGGGAAGCGCUAUUCCACCUGGACAUCCCCUGAAACAUAGUGAUUCCCUAACGCUACUGGCGGAGACGAUUAACCACGAGUUGAGUGGCAUAACCCAAGGAUUGAACGCCAUUCCGGAAACUGCUCCAGUCUCGACAUCUGCCCCUGCAACACCAGCCACACCCAAGCGGAAACCCAGUCUCUGCACUACAUCCAGUCCGAGACCGCAGAGGAAACUCAAUGGCUUCAGUCAGCUGCUGAGUGACUUGCAGGCCCUGGGCACAGAUUUCUCUCAGAGCGAGAGUGAUUCAGAGUCCGUGGCAUCACCUGCUCAAUCACCGACAGCUAGGAGACCGCAGAUGAUGUUGCUCCAGGCAGCAGGCCAAGCAGGAUCAGGAGCAGCAGUCAAACAGCAGCUCUCGCAAAGGAGCAGCUUUGGCCUGCACAGUCCAGAUGGCACACAUUUUGGGGCCGAGACGAAGGACUACAACCUGCGAGAGUAUCUCCAGCAGCUGAAGGAGAUUAGCAAUGCAGCAGCAGCGGAUACGGAUGUGGCUGCCCGUCAGCUAUCCGAGAUUUAUGGUUUCGAAGUGAGGGAAGAUACCUUCAUUGAGACCGAUUCAGAUCUUAUAGAUCUACGUGCCAUUCCGCCACCUCAAACCCCCGACGAGCUGGACUCUCUGUCUCUGAUGAAUGCAGCUCCACCGAAAGGUUUCGAGGGCAAGGCUGAGGAGCUGGACAGUUUUCUGCAGCAAAUAAUGGUGGCCCCACCCACCCAGAAAGCCACACCCGCCAAGGAACUAACACCCGAAGAGAUUAUGUCCUUUAUAAUACCACCACCUCCGAAUUUGGAGCAACAGCAGGUGGUCCAGCCGGUGGAAACGGAGUGUCUGUAUAGCAAUUCAGUUCAGGCCAAGAGGGAGUUCUUCCAAUCGGUUGCCAAUGGCAACAAUGGAACUAGCAGUCCUUCACCCCAUGUAAUUGAAUAUGCCACUGUGGAGCGGAAGAGCAAGUUCAGCUGUUGUCCCACCAGCAAAAAGGAAGAGCUACCAGAUCAAGAGGAACUCCAACCACCACCCAGGACACCCACUUCCGAGCAGCUUUCACCACCGCCGGCAAGACCACCGAAAAGUGCGGAACUACUGCAGCGUUACUCACCGAAAAAACAGGUAAGGAUUGCCGCCAGCCCAGUGAUGCAGCCGCAGGAGCGAAGGGAACUCUGCCCACCACAACUGCCACCGAGGGGAAGUCCCACGCUGGAUGGAAACCAAUGUAGCAGUCCCACUGGAAACCUGGUGAGUGGCCCCAAGAAACCCCCGUUGCCACCCAUCGCCAGUCGACCGCGUCCUUCGAACGGGGUUAAUUCUCCAGUCACUUCAUCACCUGGAUCUGCACCACCUGCCCACUAUUCACCACCCAUACCGGCCACCGUUCGUUUGCCCCAUUUGAACCAAACCAAUGGAACACUCCCCAUGCUCCCCAAGAAACCACAACAGCUGCAUGGCGAGAAGUUGUUCAUUAAAAAUGGUCACUUGAUUGAUGGCGAGGCGCUGUUGGCCAAAACGGAUGUGGCCAUGGCUGGUCUGCUGAUCAAGUUGGACCAAGUGGCCGCCCAGUGUUCAGUGGCUCAGGCAGCUGGCGGAGGGACCUCCAUCGACGAAGAGAAGUUCCAGCGUGCCAGAAACGAACUAACCGAACAGACUUUGGCCCUGGUUACGGCCAGUAAAUUCCUGGUGGCUUCCAUGUCCGACAUGACAUUGAUUACGUUGCCCGAACACCUAACUUCCUGUCUGACGGCCAUUCGAAGGAUUACCGAGUUGGCUCAGGAUAUGACCAGACACACUUCGGCUCCCCUGCAGACGCGGAAUAUAGUGCUCAAAGUUCAUGAUGUGGCAAGUAGUUUCAGGGAGCUAGUAGGUGUGGAAAUCGGACCUAUUGGGGCUGGGAAAUUGGCCCUGCAAGCUGAGUGUCUAGCCAAUGUCCUGGCCACUCUGUUGAGAUCCCUGCGCGUCUUCUCCCCAUAACCCAGAGAGAUCGAGGGCAGCGGAAAUGGAGAAGCAACCGAAUCCGCCGACAGAAACGAAAGUGAAAACCAAAAUGGAAGCCCAUCCAAUCCUGACAUAUCGCACGCUCGUCUGUCUAUGUGUAAAACCCCUUACACCACCUACGUCUAGAUGUGCAUCGAACCCUAAGCAUGUGCACCCACGUUUAUAUAUAUAUAUAUCCGAUAAUACAUCGUCUCUCGAAACUAAUUUACAGGUAAAGGGCCGCGUCAGAGAGUCGAAUGUCUGAUGGCUCUUUAGGCUUAGCCACGCUUAAUCCUCACCUGCCACUAAUAUCGAAACUGGAAAGUGGAAGCUCAAAAUAGGGGUUUGUAGAUGAUGUGAUGGAGUGUGUUCUUGGAUGUUGGGGAUAUAGUUUGCCUAUAUACAUAUCGCAUAUUGUAUGUGAAAAUAGAAUUUAAUAGCAGACAAGGUUUUCAAGGAGUACGAACCUAACAAUCAGUUACAUAUCUCAAAGUUAUUGUUUUAAAGUUAGAAAAAGCGAGUUUUCAAAGAAGUGAUUUUUCUGAUUUUUUGUACAAUUUAUAUGUUCUUAGCACCAUUAUCUUUGAAACAAAGCAGUAAAGGAGAGGUUGUCUUGGGAAAUUGGUCAGUCAGUCAGUUUAGCUCAAUAUUAUCCUAAAACCAUAUCGAUAAAUAUCCCCCCUUUUCCUAGACACACACCACCACAUCACUUCGAACUUCAUAAAUAAAUAUUUCUUAAAUAUAAAAACGAUUAAUUAUUCUAAAACAAGAAAAAUGAAAAACUCUCUCAACUUAACGCAUGCAACUAACUCGAAUUUCUAUGUAAUCUCCUAAAAAACAACUAUUUUUAACUCUAUUUAUACAUCGUAUGUCAUUCUCGAAACGUUAGUACUGCUCUGUAUACCAAAAUCCCCUUAAAACUCGAAGCCGAACCAAUCCCAAAAAUCCUAAAAAAAUAUAAAAAACCAAUUUAAUGAAACACCAUGACUUGAUUAUCUAGACCAAUUUAUAUGAGAAACUAACAGAAACGUAAACGGAAAUAUGUUUAUUAAAUUAUGCUAUUAGUAUAUUUUCUUAUGUACAUAAUUUACACACAUACCUAAUACCAUAUAUAUACAAGUACUAUAUAAAUAU